AUUUACUGCAUUUAGAAUUUGUAUCGUACGAUGAAGUAGAAAGAUUAAUUUUAUUUUUUGACCAUGAUAAUCUCGAAAUAAAAGACCCUUUCUAUCUUGAUAAAACUUGUAAAACGGUUGUUUCAGAUCUUUGUAACAAACUUUUAAAUGAAUUGAUAGAUUUUGAUGAAAAAAAUUUGACAAAAUCAGAUAUGCAAGAAGCCAAAUUUAAAACAUUGAUAGAUGAAAGAAUAUAUUUUCAAGGGGUUUCUAAAGAACAAUGGAUUAAAUAUUUACAAGAAGAAUUAAAUGAUUAUAAUAGAAUAAGAGCUCUACUUGCCAAAUCUCAAAUAGAAGAUAUUCUAUCAUUGACAAAGUGGAAAGUAAAUGGCAAUGAUAAAGUAAUAACAGCUUUUUUGAAAAAAUCUGAUUUGAUCAUGGAGGAAUCCACAUAUGUAGUAAAAUUAAGUGAUUCAUUUAAUUAUAAACUUACAAAAGAUGGCAUAUUAGAAAAAUUAUCUAAAAAAAUAUUCGAAGAAACAGAAAGUAAAAACUUUUUAGCAAAGAUUCAGUCAUUAGAUAUUUUGACUUUUUCAUUCAUAGAGUUAACUCAGCUUUCUCAAUUUUUGAGAGAAUUUUUACCACGUACUUUAUUUAUUCAUUCAACUAAUGACCCCGAGGAAAUUAAAUUUAACAAACUUUUUCCAGAACCACAUCUUCAGAUCACUAAAAUACAAAAUAAUAAUUGGGAUGAUACUACUGAAAAGCCUUUUCUUUCUGAUUCAUUAUUAAAAAUCAUAGGUAUAGAUAAAACAGAAGAUAAUAUUCAGCAAUUAACGGUUAAUGAAAAUAAGACAAUUGAAGAUAUGAUUCAACAAUUAACAGAAAACAAAAAUAUAAUAAUUCAAAAAUUAGAGGCUAACGAUAAGAUAAUUCAAGAGUUAAAAAAAAAUUUAUAG